UAUAGAUGUGGUAUAAGCGGGGCUAGGCUUCAUUAACAUAUUUGGAGUUACACCCGCUUAUACCAAGUCUGGCUUCAGCCCUGAAUCAGCAAUUCCCCGGUGAAUAGACUGCAUGAAACUAGUCCUGAAUUUGGUCCAUUUCAUCUGACAUCUGCAUCCUGCCUCAAAGUGGCAUGUCACACUUACAGCACAUCAGAUCACACCUGGCUAGGCAGUCACAGGCAAUUGACUUUUUUGUUAAAAAAAAAAAAUAAAAAAUUUAGUCACAUAUCAUCAAGAAAAACAACAUUGUUUUAGGACUCUUAUCUCUUCACUCCCAAAUAUCCUGUUUCUUCGAGCUGCAGUGGCCAGGACCAAUAGAAACCUCUUCCUGCCAUUGGCUGACUUCAUUUCCCAGAGUUAGCACAAUCUCAUCCGCUCUAAACAACCUCAUCAAAACUUCUUUCUGGUCAGAGCGAAGCAAUAAUUAUUAUUAGCAAUUAUUAGCGAUCAAUAAUCUUGAUCACAUUAUGGCAAGCACUAUUAAGGAAGCGUUAUCUGUGGUGAGUGAAGACCAGUCCUUGUUUGAGUGUGCCUACGGAUCACCCCACCUUGCGAAGACAGAGAUGACAGCCUCCUCCUCCAGUGAAUAUGGGCAGACGUCAAAGAUGAGUCCCCGUGUUCCCCAGCAAGACUGGUUAUCACAGCCUCCAGCCAGAGUCACCAUCAAGAUGGAGUGUAACCCAAACCAAGUUAAUGGGUCAAGGAAUUCUCCUGAUGACUGUAGUGUGGCAAAAGGCGGGAAGAUGGUUAGCGGCUCAGACAAUGUUGGGAUGAACUAUGGAAAUUACAUGGAAGAGAAGCAUGUUCCACCCCCAAAUAUGACUACCAAUGAACGAAGAGUCAUUGUGCCAGCAGAUCCUACGUUGUGGAGCACAGACCAUGUACGCCAGUGGCUGGAAUGGGCAGUGAAGGAGUAUGGUCUCCCGGAUGUGGAUAUCUUGUUGUUCCAGAACAUCGAUGGGAAGGAGCUGUGUAAAAUGACCAAAGAUGACUUCCAGAGACUCACCCCAAGCUAUAAUGCAGAUAUCCUCCUGUCACACCUACACUACCUCAGAGAAACUCCUCUUCCACAUUUGACUUCAGAUGAUGUUGAUAAGGCCUUACAAAACUCUCCACGGUUAAUGCAUGCUAGAAACACAGGAGGUGCCACUUUCAUUUUUCCAAAUACAUCAGUUUAUCCAGAAGCAGCACAGAGAAUUACAACCAGGCCAGACUUGCCUUACGAGCAAGCCAGGAGAUCGGCAUGGACGAGUCACACCCACCCCAGUCCUCAGUCAAAAGCUACUCAGCCAUCACCUUCAACAGUUCCCAAAACAGAAGACCAGCGUCCUCAGUUAGAUCCAUAUCAGAUUCUUGGACCAACCAGCAGCCGACUUGCAAAUCCAGGGAGUGGGCAGAUACAGCUGUGGCAGUUCCUGCUGGAGCUCCUCUCAGACAGCUCCAACUCCAACUGCAUCACCUGGGAGGGCACAAACGGGGAAUUCAAGAUGACUGACCCAGAUGAAGUGGCUCGGCGCUGGGGGGAGCGGAAAAGCAAGCCUAACAUGAACUAUGACAAACUCAGCCGUGCGCUUCGCUACUACUAUGAUAAAAAUAUUAUGACUAAGGUUCAUGGUAAGCGCUACGCCUACAAAUUUGACUUCCAUGGAAUUGCUCAGGCUCUCCAGCCUCACCCCCCGGAGUCAUCCAUGUACAAAUACCCAUCAGACCUCCCCUACAUGAGCUCUUACCAUGCACAUCCUCAGAAGAUGAACUUUGUAGCUCCCCACCCCCCUGCUUUGCCUGUAACGUCGUCCAGCUUUUUUGCUGCCCCUAAUCCAUACUGGAAUUCACCAACUGGAGGUAUCUAUCCCAAUACCAGGCUGCCAGCUGCUCAUAUGCCUUCUCAUCUUGGCACCUACUACUAAGUGGAGAAAAAAGAAACAUCAGAAAAAAACAAAGACACUUCUUGCUGGGAUCCAGUCCCUGGUGAAUUGCAAUGAACUCUAUUGGAGUCCGUGAAUUAAAAGUGCCUAAAGAGACAAGUGAAGGUUUGGCUGGGAAAAAAAAAAACACAACAAACAUUAAAAAAAAUAAGACUCUUUGUAGUUUGGAUUUAAAGGAGAUAUUCAAGAAGUAUUAAGAUAUUAAAAUGUAAUGUAUAUGGGCAUCGACUCUGUGGACCAAACAACAAUAGACUAUUGUAGGUAAAAGCAUGAAAUGAUGAGGAAAACCUACGAAAGCUAGUGGUCUUAAAAAGUUGAUAAGCUUACGUGUAAAGUUUGAUAUCUUGCUAGUGCAAAACUGGGACAAUACUACAGCAAUAUAAGGAUAAGUCUAUAGUGACCUAACAUACAAUAUAAGAAACAUUACAAAACAGGGAGGGGGAAGGUAAAAACAAGGGAAAAAAACCCUACCUGUAUUUAAAAAAUGGAAACAUAUCAACAAAAGAGAUUAGUUUAGUGUGGAAACUGAUUUGGGAUAUAACGGCAUUGUUUUAGUUAAAAUAAAAUGAGUUCCAUUCAUGAGAGUGUUAUCAGCUACCCAAACUGUGAAGACAACCCAAACUUUAAGAUUCCUUGACAGUAUUACAGGAACCCUGAGCCAAACAUUGGAAAUGAGAAUGUGCUGAAGGGCAAGUGUAUGAUUGUAGAUCAGAGGCCUGCACCUGACAGAGGAAGCAGAAAGGAGAAAGAGGAGGACAAAGGAGGUGACAAUGUGAGAAAAGAAACUUCUUUACCAGUUGAGACUGAAAAGACUGAAAACAUAGUAGCGUUGGGACUAUGAAGAAACACUUGUUUGGACUUGUGAAACAUAUUGCUCAGUAUCAUACCAUUCCCAGUAUUACAGGAGGAACAGACUUGAUUUUAUAGUAAUAAAAAAAAGGUGGAAAAAGGGAAAAGCAGGAGAAUUCAGAAAUCAAAAUAUGCAUCUCUUUUUUAAAAAAAGUAAAACUGGAAUUGUGUCUGAUAUUUAAAAAGUUACCAGUUAGAACCUCAUUGUUAUUAAGGGAGUUUGUUUUCUAUUGGUUAAAGCAAGAGACAACCCCUGACUGCCAAAAUCAGAAAUCAUCGAAGUAUUUUUGUUAGGCGGGCGCCAGUUUUUCUUUAUUGAGUCGCGAACGCUGUGCGUUUGUCAGAAUGAAGUAUACAAGUCAAUGUUAUUUUUUCCUUUUUAUAUAAUUAUUAUAUAACUUAUGCAUUUAUACACUACGAGUUGAUCUCGGCCAACCAAAGACACAAAAAAGGGACAAUCAAAAAUAUUGUGGCCUUGAAUUUUAACUCUGUAUGCUUAAUGUUUACAUUAUGAACAUAUUAGUACUUAGAAUGCAGAAUGUAUGUAAUAAAAUAAGCUUGGCCUAGCAUGGCAAUUCAGAUUGACACUGUAGUUUGCAUUUGCAUUUCCAUUUUUAGCUCCUGACAUGCCUAUCGGAUCUCCUGUUCAACAUGGUAAAAUAUGCUAGGCAUUUUGUUUUAAAAAUCUGUUUUACCAAAUCUGGCACUCAUUAAAAUGUAGGACCAAACAGCAAUGCUUAGCCUAAGUUCAAAGUGGACAGGUGCUGUGUAUCUUCUUUUCCAGAGAGUUCUGCUGAAACACUUGCCACCCUUCUCUAACAGUGCCUUGCCAUUCCUGUCCUGAGCUUCGUUUGCCCAGAGAUUGCAACCAUGCCCAAUUCUUUGAUAACUUCAUGGCCAAGUUUGAAAAUGAAGUCUAAAGGAGGCCUCUAGAAAGAAUACUGGUACCCAGAAAUCAUCUUUUGUUGCCAUCAGAUUAUGCAGUAUAAUCUCAGCCUGAGACGUAUUUUCAUACUGAAUCAUAUGUUCAAUUACCAUGCCCCCUUGCUAUUAAUACAUACUGUAUAAUUACUAGUAAAUAAAGUGAAUAAUGAAUAACUUC